UAAUCUGUGCACACAAUUCUUGAUCACAUUUUUUACAUUUUAAUUUUGCAAAUAAUUAAUUAAAUAAUAGCAUUGUAAUUGUUUAUUUAUCAAUGUGCAGUGAUUUUAUAAGUGUUAUUUCAUAAUUGAAGUUCAACUAGCGAGACGAUAUCACAAUGUUUACCUACUUACAAAAAACAAGGCCGAUCACCCGACUUCUCAGAGCUCCUCAAACUGGAAUCCAUACAUCCACUGUUGUUCAUGAAAGUCAGAAGUCAGAAAAAACUAUAAAUCAAGUUACAUUAUUGGGACGAGUGGGAGCAGAUCCUCAAAAGAGAGGUUCUGAAGCACAUCCAGUAAUCAAUUUUCCACUUGCUACUCACUUCCAUUAUAAGUAUGAGUCUGGAGAUAUUCUUCAAAGAACUGAUUGGCACAGAGUCAGCAUUUUUAAACCUGGUCUACGCGACACAGUGUACAAAUAUUUGAAGAAGGGCCAGAGGGUUUAUGUCACUGGAAAAUUGUCAUACGGAGAAGUCAAACUGGAUGAUGGUCAAGUAAGGACUGCUUCAACAGUGAUAGCUGAUGAUGUAAUAUUCUUCCAGAACCAGCCACCUGAAGAUUAAAAUAAGAUUUAUGUUUUGUUUUAGUAUUAUGAUAAGUAAUUACUUUAGAGUGUAAGCAGGAUCUGAGUGAUGCUAUUAAUAAAUUGUUGAAUCUGUAUCAUUGUA